GUGUAGUUCCCCAAUAUGGCAGCGUCCUUGAAAGGCAUGUUUUGGCUGCAGUGAAGUGUCAAACAUGAAUCGUUGUGUAGAUUCACGAUCAAAACGGAUCUGUCACAGUUGACAAAAGAACACUUGAACAUGGAGAGACAAGAAUUCAUUGCAGCAUUAGUGGCAGGGGGCUGUGCGGGUAUGUGUGUUGACCUGACACUUUUCCCACUGGACACCAUUAAAACCAGACUCCAGAGCCAGCAGGGCUUCUACAAGGCAGGGGGUUUCCGGGGCAUCUAUGCAGGGGUCCCGUCUGCGGCCGUCGGCUCCUUCCCCAAUGCCGCUGCGUUCUUCGUCACUUAUGAGUGCACCAAGUCCCUGCUCAGAGCCCGCGCACUCUCGGCGCCCCACAUGGAGCCUGUCACUCACAUGAUUGCUGCCUCCAUGGGAGAAAUAGUGGCGUGUCUGAUCAGAGUGCCCACUGAGGUUGUGAAACAGAGGACCCAGGCCUCCCCGUCCUCCAGCACGUACCAGGUGCUGCUGGCCACCCUCAGAGAAGAGGGUGUGAGGGGCUUGUAUCGAGGCUACAGGAGCACCGUCAUCAGAGAGAUACCCUUCUCUCUGGUACAGUUUCCACUCUGGGAAUAUUUAAAGAGUCUCUGGUCACGAAGGCAAGGUCACACGCUCUACUCUUGGCAGUCGGCUGUGUGCGGAGCUUUUGCAGGUGCAGUUGCAGCGUUAGUCACCACUCCCCUGGACGUGGCUAAAACCAGGAUCAUGCUAGCAAAGGCUGGGACGGCCACAGCAAGUGGGAACAUCCCUCUGGUGCUGUACGAGGUGUGGAAGAGCAGAGGAUUGACAGGGCUGUUUGCUGGCAGCAUACCCAGGAUAACCUUCAUCAGCCUGGGAGGCUUCAUCUUCCUAGGAGCCUACGAGGAGGUCCGGGGCUCCAUGCUGUAGCAGGCCUGGCCCUGCCUGGCUGUCCCUGCCUGGCUGCCUGGUGGAGGGUAGGCCUGGUCCCUGGUGGAGGGUAGGCCUGUUCUUGGGCUGUUCUAGCCUGAACCAGACCUCCUGAGGAGGGACACCUGGUUCCCGUGGGGAGAGUCAUCCCUGAUCACAUUACCCAGCGCUCUGCAUUCCUGCUCAUCAGUGCGCUGAAGAUUGAGUUUAACUGCCUGGAUUCCUUUAAUUUAACAACAUGGAUCGUUUUCAGAAGGAAACUCAUAGCCCUCGCCACGAGACCAUGAGCAUCUGUACUGUAUGGUAAAUAAGUGAGAGAAUGUGGCAUUAAAACCAAUAUGCUAUUAAACCCACUUUUUUUA